AUGGAUUCUGGUUUGAAUGAGGAACCUAGUGGAGCAUCAGGUUCAACAGUUUUGAAGAGAAACUCGAAUGAUAUUGCUUGGGAAUAUGAAAUGUUGUCUGAUUCGAAGAAUCUUGACAAAGUUAAAUGCAAAUUGUGUGGGAAAGAUUUUUCAGGAGGUGCUUACAGGAUAAAAGAACAUAUUGCCAAAAUUCCUGGAAACGUUUCUGCUUUUCAAAGAUCAUCAAAGGAUGAUCAAGAGAAGUGCAAGACUGCUAUCGAGGAAGCAAAGAAGAAGAAUAAGAAGAAGGUAACUCUAGAUGAUGAGCUGCGGCAGACAGUUAAUGUUCAUGGCAGUGGAGAUAUGGAUGAUGUGAUUGAACUUGAAGAAAUGGGUUCAAGAAAGAUGCAAAGGACACUUGAAAUUAUUCAAGUUCCAAUGGAUUCUGGUUUGAAUGAGGAACCUAGUGGAGCAUCAGGUUCAACAGUUUUGAAGAGAAACUCGAAUGAUAUUGCUUGGGAAUAUGAAAUGUUGUCUGAUUCGAAGAAUCUUGACAAAGUUAAAUGCAAAUUGUGUGGGAAAGAUUUUUCAGGAGGUGCUUACAGGAUAAAAGAACAUAUUGCCAAAAUUCCUGGAAACGUUUCUGCUUUUCAAAGAUCAUCAAAGGAUGAUCAAGAGAAGUGCAAGACUGCUAUCGAGGAAGCAAAGAAGAAGAAUAAGAAGAAGGUAACUCUAGAUGAUGAGCUGCGGCAGACAGUUAAUGUUCAUGGCAGUGGAGAUAUGGAUGAUGUGAUUGAACUUGAAGAAAUGGGUUCAAGAAAGAUGCAAAGGACACUUGGUCCAAUGGAUAAGUUUGCAACAAACAUCAAUCCAAAAUCUAGACCUCCAACUAGGCAACAAAAUAUCAAUGAUGCUCUUUGGAAAGAGAAGCUACACAAGGUUCAGCAAUAUAUUGCUAGGUGGGUGUAUGCUUCAGGGGUUCCUUUCAAUACCAUAGCAAACGAUGAGUUUAAGCUAAUGGCUGAAUCUAUAGGACAAUUUGGUCCAGGAGUCACACCACCAAGUCAACACCAACUUCGAGAGCCUUUACUUAAGGAAGAGGUUGAUAGAGUUCAUGGUUUGCUGAAACCACAAGAAGAAGAGUGGAAGAAGAAUGGAUGCACAGUUAUGAAAGAUGCUUGA